AUGGAGACCCUUGGAUCGUACUGGGGACCCCCGAGGCAGCAAAGGGGACCCUCGCUCAGCGACGGAGACCCUGGGACAGCAUCGGGGACACCCGCACAGCGACGGGGACCCCCGGCAGCACCGUCCCCACGCCCACCCCCGUCCCGCCGGGCCAUCCCCGCACUCACCGCCCGCCGCAGGAAGAGGUGGAGCCGCUUCCCCGUUCCCGGUGUCCGGUACCUCCCCCCUGCCCUCCUCCCGCUCCGCCCUCCCCGCUGCGGGGACCCCCCCGCGCCCCGCGGGGCAGCCCCGGGACCCCCCCGUGUUCGCCCCCUCUACCAAAGCCUCGUCCAUCCCGACCCCGCGUGUCCUUGGGAUCGGGGGUACCCCCCCCGGGACAGGGGGGACCCGGCGGGGGGCGCGGGGACCCUCCGGGGCAGCGCUGAAGGUGGGACCGGCAGCGGAGAGACCGAGAGGGAGGGAAAGACCCCGUGGGGAAGCGGGAGGCAGCGCAUCCCCCGGGAUCGCGGGAUCGCGGCCCGGGCCCCGCGCUGGCUGUCGAGGAACGCGCCGGGGCCGUGCCCGCGGGCCUGGCAUCGCCACCGGCUCCCGGCUGCCGGCCAGCCCGGCCCUCCGCCGCCCGCCGGGGGGGCUUGGCCAUUGAUCCAGGAGCUGAUGGACGGGCCGGUGCCAAAGCAGGCGCCGGCAGGGAUCCAAACCCCCCGCUCCCGGCGGGCUCCGGGCCGCAGGAAGCGGGUGCCGGCGCCCUUUGUGCGGCGGGUGCCGGCGUGUGGGGUUUGCUGA